GUAAAUGCCUACCUAUGAAGCCCCUACCAUCUUUAAGAGAUGAAGACUUCCGUGACUUCAAAAGAACUAAGAAAAACUCAACGUGGAAUUAUUUAAGCUAUCCUGACAAUCAGACUACAACUGAUAUCAGAAACGAAAAGAAUGCAUUUCCGAAAUAUGUAGUUCAAAUGAAGAAAUAUAGAAACUAA